AACACUCCCAUUGUGACUCAAAAGGACUGAGACGGCCAAAAAAUCGCGGUUGCGGUGUCGUUGCAGACAUGGCAGAUGAAAGCGCCAAUGGCAAGACGAAAUUGUUGACCUACACUGGGAUGCUCCUGCUGGGCUUAGGCAUUUCCCAAGCAGCUGCAGGACAUCUCAACUUUGGAGAGUACAAGAUGUAUGCCCGAGUGGUGUCACUCAUGACCAUGUUCUCCCUAUCUUUCCUGAUGGUCAACGUGGGCCGGGAGUUUGUGAUUGAGAGAAGCAAACUAGGAAGCUAUGCAAAAGACUACUUGGUUGCCAUGUCGGCAGCUGGUCUACCAUGGAUCUUUGUAGCACUUUGGCUACACUUUGCCCUGCCAAACUCUGGCCUUGCCUGGGGCUCAGCUCUGUUGAUGGCCAGAUUUGCUGCACCCACAAGUGCGGGCAUUCUCUUCAAUAUGCUGGAAGCCGCCGGCUUCAAAGAAACUUGGCUCUUCAAAAAAGCACAAGUCCUGGCAAUCUUCGACGACCUUGACACAAUCUUGCUGAUGAUCCCCUUGAAGAUGUACUUGGUUGGCUUCAAAUGGGAACUCUCAGUGGACGCCAUCUUUGUUUCCUGUUGCCUACUGUUGGCCUGGCAGAAUCUUCAUCAGAUUCGACUGCGAAGUUCAUGGAGAUGGACCAUGGUCUAUGCCGCCGUCAUCACAUGCGCCUGUGAAAGUCUGUGUUUUUACACCAGUGGACGGGUACACAUUGAGGUGCUGCUCCCUGCCUUUGUCAUGGGCUGCAUGACACGGAUUUGCAGGCCUGUGGACCCGGACUGUGAGAUCCUGGAUGAAAGCUGGGAAGAGAAGGUGAAAGAUGUGGUGUCCACCUUCUUCAUGCUGUUGGUUGGUAUGUCAAUGCCAUCCCUUUUCUCAGUGCAAGGACACCUCACGGCAGCUCAAACCGCCUGGCAUGUCUUUGUGGUCUCCAUCCUGAUGGUCCUUGGGAAGAUGAUGCUCCUUGCGUGCUACCGGAAAGAGGCGGAUUUGCGCACGAGACUGGCCUUAUCCCUGGGGAUGUGUCCCAGAGGUGAAGUGGGAGCCGGUGUCAUUGCCAUCUCACUGGGCCUCGGAAUGCAGGGCCCGGCCGUGGCCGUGGCAGUGUUGAGCUUGGCUGCCAACCUGGUGCUCUCCAGCGGUUUCAUCAUGGCAAUCGAUCGCCUCAUGCGAUUACCCCAACCCACGGAGGACCGGGCGGGGUCCACCAGUGUGGUGGGAGGAGCAGCACAGGGAAGAGAUGGUCCAAAGAUGGGCCAACGGCACGGCUACCUGGUGAACGGUGCCAGACCUGUAGCUGCUGUAGCUUACAGAUCUAGAAAUGCGCACAUGGCCAGUUUCUUGCCCCGUGCUCCCUUGGCGACUUGUUUCAUGCUUCCUGGUGGCCCGGUUCCUAGCACCUCAAAACAAAGCCUUGGCCAUUCAAUGGAAACCAUGAUCUUAGCGAUCCUGGGAUGCUUCCUUGCACGGGCUGUCGGAAGAAGAUUUGGCAGGGAGAAGCGCUAUGGGCACGUUGGAAAACUUCGGUGAUUUGUCCACAAAAAAGCCCAUCAGCCUUGCAGUUGCACACGCCAACCUGCAGAUACAGAAGUGGAAGCACCAAAACAUGGGAAAUGUUUCAAGGUAUUAAGGCCCACACGAGGCAUUCAUCCUUGGUGACUCUUGGUCGCCCAGCCGUUGCAGCUCUUUGUUUCCAAGCUGCUUUCGCCGGGGUGUGGCCUCGGGGCCCUUUGCCUUCCAACUUCGUUUUGACGGUUCCAAUUGUUGUUUCAAGGUAGCACUUGUAACGCGGCGCAUUGUUGCUGCCUUCUCAUCCACAACUUGGCUUGAAAAA